AUGCGCGCGCAGUGCAUUAUGGGAGUCCAAGUUCCCGGAUGUCCGACCUCGAGAAUGCUGAAGACGGAGAAAAAUUUGAACCGCGAAAUGGAAGAAAGAACAUCUAGGGAGGCUGAACCGUCUGUUGCCUCUGCGGUACAAGCGCUAGUCGCUGUCCUGCAGAGGCAUGUCCAGCCGAGUCUCGAAAGCGCAGGUCAGGGACAGGCUCCUAAUCCUCAGGUCACGUCAGUACAGCCACGUGAAAGAAUCCAGGGUCCAGCCGUUCAGCAUGAGAUGGCCAGAUCUUUUCCUGGAUUUUUCCAGAAGAAAAGUUGUCUAGGAAAAAGACGCUUCCAGUGCUCCAAAAAUGUGCCAAAGCAACCAAAGCAUUUUUCAUGCACUGUCUACCUGCUGCAGAAAAAUGCACAAUUCACACCAAGUCCAUCAGGUGAAAUGCAAUUGGCACUGGCUGGACUUGGUAAGCGUCAAGUGGACAUUAUAGAGUCUAUGGACCAUAAUCAAGUGUCCAUUGUGCUGGGGGAAACAUUCAGCAAAUUCAAGAAUGUGUCUGGGGGAUGGGUCGUCAAAAAAGCACUAGGUGGUCAUGGAAGAAGAAGUCUGACGGUUGUCCCUCCAAGCCAUGAGGGUUACACAGGAGCUCAACUUAAAUCUACCACCUUUAAUGGCAAAACAGCUCUUUUUGUUGUCCCUCUGCAAGAGGAGCUGGACAUGAAGCCAUUACCCUCAGAUGCAGAAGAGUACAAAUUGAUGCCGAAAGCUACAUGCAAGUCAUGCAUGCAAGAAAUGCCACUACAACUAUUGACGAAUCAUGUGGAAAGUUGCACAGAAGACUUGAUACAUGUUUCAGAAUCUGAGACGUUGUCUGAUGGGAAAGAAGAUGAUAUGGAAAACUAUUCAUCUGAAGCUGAAACUUCAUUCCAACCACUCAAUGUGGCUAAAGCAGCAUGUCCAAUUUGUCACAAGAUGUUUCCAGAAUCAGAACUUCUGAACCAUGCAAGCACCUGUGGUGACACUGGUUUUGAAAACAGUGUCCCCAUCCCCUCGGCAGACUUGUUGGAGGUGGAUAAAAUAUCCUGUGAAGAGGAUGUCCUGCGUUGGCUGGUUACUCAGCUGGACCGUAGUAAGGAGUUCCACCUGUGUAUUUCACGAGAAAACUUGUUGGAACGAGGCAUAAUGCAAUGGCAACGCCAGAAGAAAGCUUCGCCAUUAAACCCUCUGAAAGUCAGCUUUCUUGGGGAGGCAGGAGUUGACACUGGCGCUUUAAGGCUUGAGUUCCUCACAGAAAUGGUUGCUGGUUUGGAAGAGCGCCUAUUUGUAGGAGAGAACAAGAAAGGAAAAAUUCCAAAAUAUUCAAUGAGUGACCUGCACAAUGGUCUUUUUAGAGUUGCAGGGCAAGUGUUUGCUGCAAGUCUGGCCCAGGGGGGACCAGCACCAAAGUUUUUGCAAGAGUGGUGCUUCAGUUUCUUGGCAACUGGAUGCAUCACUGUAGAUAAGAAGGAGGAAAUAAUCAGAGCCAUUCUGAUGCAUGCAACCAUGCAACGCACCCCAAUGCUUAAUGACUUGAGAGAGGGACUCAAUUUGUACAAUUUCAUGUCAGUCCUGCAGCAAAAAACAGAGCACUGCCGUGGCCUUUUUGUCUUUGAUAAUGAUGAUAAGGUGGAUGCACAUUACAUCAUUUCUAACCUUGACCCACAAAUGAGUGAAGAGGGUACCUUGAAGCACAGCAAAGAAAUCCACAUCUUGAAUUGCCUUCAGGACUUUCUGAAUGAGAUUGAGGAUGAGCCAUUGUGCAAUGAAGAUCAGCCAACUGUUGCCAAAAUAAUGCAGUGGCUUACUGGACAGUCACAUCGUCACCUCCUGCUCUCAGACAGACGUCGCUUCAAAAUUUAUGUCCAUUUCAAUCACAACUGCCAGAUGUCGCCGUUCAUGUGA